AGAUAACGAUACCAACCUUAACCGUCCUGCUUCAAGCAAGGCUGUUGAAAUGGAAGAGAGAAUCCUAAACUGUCCCCACCGUCCAGCCAAUAUUCAUGAAGUGGCCGGUCUUUGCACGAACUUUCGAAAUACUUGCAGGUGAAUCAUCCAUGAUGCGCUCUUACUAUCUCUCAUAGGGAAAUACACUCGAUAUUUAAUACACUCAUAACCUCCAAAAAGUACAAGAGUUUAACACAUAAUCCUUUGUCUCCUUAUAGAAUCCUGCGCUUUCUUGCAUGAGUGCUUAAGGAACAAUCCCCGCUUGUUAAGGAUGAUGUUCUAUUUGUGUCCCUUAAGCUUAGAAUUAUACUAGUCAUCGAGUUUGGGAACACCAGUCAUUGAGGUUUUAGUGAGAGAGAUCACUGUGCUGAACAAGAAAUAGCUCAAGGAAGCGAAGGUUUACAGUUUGAUUGGAAUACUUGAAAUACAAAUUGAAGAAAUGGAAAGUGGACUUUAUUCUGCUUUUAAGAGUACUUCGAUGCUAGAAUAUUUAGAGGAGGACCAAGAGCUGAAACCUGCAUCUUCACUGCCAGCGAUUCCUCAACCACAGACACCAAGAGAGCCUAUGGAGUUCUUAUCAAGAUCCUGGAGUCUCUCUGCUUCAGAAAUCUCAAAAGCUCUGGCUCAGAAGCAGAAAGAGUUUUUCACUGAAAAGAACCCCGAUACAUUUCCAGAGACAAUUGUGGCACAACAAUCAUCAGGGAAGGUGGUAAAUUCAAAAGGAGGUUCAAGGACAGGAUCAAUAGGAAAAUGGUUCCACCACAAGGAAUUCAGUAGCAGUGCAGUGAAGAAGAAAGACAAAGCACGCACGGAAAAUGCGCAUAUGCAUUCUGCUGUAUCUAUAGCCGGACUAGCUGCGGCAUUGGCUGCCGUGACAGCUGCCGGAAAUUCCAGUGGUUCCAGCUCCAAAAUGAGCAUGGCUUUGGCCUCAGCUGCAGAACUCCUUGCAUCACAUUGCAUAGAAUUAUCAGAAUCAGCCGGAGCUGAUCAUGAUUGUGUGGCUUCUGUUGUGAGAUCAGCAGUAGAUAUUCAAAGUCCAGGUGAUCUAAUGACCCUUACCGCCGCCGCGGCAACAGCUUUGAGAGGAGAAGCAGCUUUAAAAUCAAGAUUACCAAAAGAAGCAAGAAGGAAUGCUGCUAUAAGUCCUUAUGAUAGGGGGGUGGCGGAUACUCACUGGACUUCUUCUUCAAAUGGUCCAUUAGAAGAACAGGGUCCUCCCUGUGUUGGUGAACUCUUGCAACACACAAAGAAAGGAGUGAUGCGAUGGAAACAUGUCACCGUGUACAUCAACAAGAAAUCCCAGGUCCUAAUUAAGAUCAAAAGCAAACACGUUGGAGGAGCCUUGUCCAAGAAGCAAAAAGGUGUUGUUUAUGGAGUCUGUGAUGAGACAACAGCAUGGCCAUAUAGAAAAGAAAGGGAAACUGGUACUGAGGAAGUCUAUUUCGGCAUUAAAACAGCACAAGGUCUACUGGAGUUCAAGUGCAAGAACAAAAUUCACAAGCAGAGGUGGGUUGAUGGUAUACAGAGUCUUCUUCGACAAGUCAGCAGUGUUGAAGAAACUGACCACUCCCUGACAUGUUUAAGCAUAAACGAUGGUGCCUAGUAUAUGAUCGAUGUUUGUAUAUUUGCUCCGAGAAUAGAGCAGAUGAUAGUUUUGUUCAAUGAAGUAUAGAGUGACAACAGUAUACGAGUGAUAUUACAAAUGAAAAUCCCUCUUUUGUACAAUUUACCUAUGUAAUGUAAGAAACGCACAAACCGUUCUCUUAUGCAGUCCCCGAACUCGGAAUGACUCUUUUGUUCAA